CUCCCCAGUCCACAUUGCUUCAGUGUUUUGGAGGCUAACCUGUGGGUCGGUGCGCCGCUGAGUAAAGCAUGAAAAGUGGGAUCCAGCAGCUCACAGGACGAGUGAGAGGAAGGUGCGCACCAACGAGCUGAACCCUCAAGCCAUCAGUAGGGAACCAUGUGCAGCUCCCUGAGCCCCAAACAGCCUAGUGGCCCCGGCCUCACAGACAUGCAGCAGUAUCACCAGUGGCUGGCCAGUCGACAUGAAGCCAGCCUGCUGCCCAUGAAGGAAGACCUGGCCCUGUGGCUCACUAAUAUUCUCGGUCUGGAAAUCACCGCUGAGAGCUUCAUGGAUCGCUUAGACAAUGGCUUCCUGUUGUGCCAGCUGGCUGAGACACUGCAGGAGAAGUUCAGGCAAAGUAACGGAGGCCUGCCUGCCCUUGGCAACAGCAAGAAUAUUCCCAAUCGGAGGAUACCAUGUCGGCAGAGCGCUCCCUCCGGCUCCUUUUUUGCAAGGGACAACACGGCCAACUUCCUGGCCUGGUGUCGUAAGGUUGGAGUUGGAGAAACGUGUCUGUUUGAGUCGGAGGAUUUAGUUCUUCAUAAGCAGCCACGAGAAGUGUGCCUUUGUCUUUUAGAGUUGGGACGGAUUGCCUCAAGGUACAAUGUGGAGCCUCCUGGCCUUAUUAAACUGGAAAAAGAGAUUGAACAAGAAGAGAAAGCACCUCUACAACCUCCCUCACCUGUAUCUCCAGCCCAGCCCCUCCCUCAGUCUCCUUCCACAUCUCCUGCCCCGUCUCCUUCCCCGUCUCCUGCCCCGUCUCCUGCCCCGUCUCCUUCCCCGUCUCCUGCCCCGUCUCCUUCCCCGUCUCCUGCCCCGUCUCCUUCCCCGUCUCCGACUCCCACCAAAGUCACCUCCAGCAAGAAGAGCACAGGGAAGCUGUUGGAUGACGCUGUGAGACACAUCGCUGACGACCCCCCCUGCAGAUGUCCAAAUAAAUUCUGUGUAGAGAGACAGUCACAGGGUCGUUACCGCGUCGGGGAAAAGAUGCUUUUUAUCCGGAUGCUGCACAACAAGCACGUGAUGGUGCGUGUUGGUGGAGGCUGGGAGACCUUCGAGAGCUACCUGCUGAAACACGACCCCUGCCGCAUGCUCCAAAUCUCCCGGGUGGAGGGCAAGACAUCCCCCAUCAGCAGCAGCAAGUCUCCCAACAUCAAGGACCUCACCCCCGACAGCUACCUGGUGGUGGCGGCCCACUACCGCAGCAAAAAGUGAGGACACGAGACUGAAAAGUGGCAUUAAUAAACUUGAAGGAGGAUGAUUUCUCGUCUUUGUUUACCACCGAACAGAUGUGGCUGUGUAACAUAUCCCUGUUCUCAUGCAGCACACUUGUGUAAUAGUGAUGCUUUGGCUUUGUUUUGUCUGUCAGAGAAGUCAGUCAGGUGUUUGUCAGCAGAUUAAGCCUUGAAUCACACUUAAAAAUGUGUUUUAUUUAGUUUGACAGAAGAAGUCCUGACCAGCUUUGAAUUUUUUCUUUUUUUUUACAAUAUGAUGUGUUAACUGGGUAAAAGUGAAGCUGUACGUUUUUUUUUAUUAUUAUUACUAAAUGUAUUUUAAGCAGUAUAUCGCUUACAGUAGGUAGGAUCUGUACAGGUUUAGGCACAUGUGCUCCUUUGAUAUAAUCAACCAGGCCUUGCUGUGUGUGGUACUGGCUGUAUUUGUUGUGGGUGCUGAAAAACAGAACUUUUUCUGAAUGACAAUAUGUAAGUGGUGGACGUUUCAGGACAUUUAAGAAGCCAAUAUUCUUGAGAACCUGGCAUGUGAAAUAGUAGAAAGUAAGUAGACUAAGACUUUUUUUUUACUAAGGCAUGAAACAAAAUGGCGGGGAACGCUGCAGAGUUACAAUAUCCACUUAUUUAAUGCACCAAAGUAGUGACGCCUCGAGCAGCACUCGACCCUGAUGAAGAGCUGUGUUUUUGCUGAACGUCACUACUUUGGUGCAGUGAAUAUGAGAUAUUGGAAACUUGCAGUGAGACGAUUUUUCUUUUUUGUUUCCAGUUUUGCCCACUUUCGACCCACCUUUUUUGGCUUGGAUGUGUCUCUACGCUCUUAUUUUUGCAAUGUUUUGUCCCUCCGCUUGUUUAUUUGCCAUUAGGCUGAUGUGUUAAAGCAACCAACACCGAAAACGUGUGUGGUCAUAGUUGGCAUCGCACUCAACUAUGGCAUUAGAAGGGUAAGUGGAAAUCUUAUAUUCCAAAGAAAGGUAAUUUACCAAAUCUAUAAAUGAUUCUUCACUGUAUUAUACUAUUCCUUAUAACACCUGCCAAAUCUCUCAUACAAACCAAACAUGGGUGAUAAAAUGUUAGCUUUUUUUCUUUAUGUUUUUAUUAGGCUGAUUAAGCAAUGCUUAGAGUGUUUACAGGUUGAAUAACUAUUCCAAGCAAUGCAUUUUUAUACUAUUGCCAUUGUUAAUAAUUAGUCAUUAGUGUGAUAGCUCCUAUUUUGUAUCAUUCCUACGGACAAUCACGCGUAUGCAGCAUGUAGUGUAUGUAUGAUUGUUAAUACAGCAGAUUUACUCAGUUGAGGUUCUAUAAUUUGUUGUAUGUUACUGACCUCUGGAGGUAGUGCAAUCAUUGAAACUUGAUGGAUAAUUUCUUUCUCAAAGGUUUAGAUUCUGACAUGUAAUAGAUAUAAGUCAUCUGUUGAUUCAGUGUAUUAAUUUUUAAAACUCUUCUACUUUUCCCCUGGAAAUGAAUAUAUGGGAUGGUAUAAGAUCACUGGCUAUGCAAAGUACAUACGUCCAAUUUUGGUUUUUAGAUGUAAAUGUUCAAUAAAUUCUCAAACCUUUUGAAAAUUAAUA